UGGGGGAUGCUUGCAGUGGUAAGAACAGUUGAACAUCAGAAUAUGUGAUGCUUUGAAAUCUGUGUCAUCUGCAUCAUGGACAUCAGCAACAAGACACUUGUCAGAGAUGCAGUAGGUGUGCUCAUUCCUUCAGCAGAGUUGCUGAGGGAUCAACAGCCCAUCAGGUCACCAGGAGGUGCUGAAAGGUAAUACAUUCAGCCACACACAAAGGAUCUGUUUUCCAGAUUCUCUUGUAACUUGCAUCAGUGCUCAAGCAGUGUUAGUCACCCAACUUCCUUUUCCAGAUUUUAUGCAGAAUGAAAUGCGAUUAAUGUUGUAGUUUGGUUGGGUGUUGGUGGAAGCUGCCACUUGCAGUGCAGCGUUAACAGUCUCUCCUCUUGCAGGGGUUGGCGUUGAUGACAUGUUCAUCAUGAUUGCUUCCUGGGAACAAAGUUUAAGGAAAAAAGAGAAAUCCAAUGUUAAAUCUCUGCUGGCUGAGACUUAUUCAGAGGCAGCACUUUCUGUGACCAUCACCACUCUGACGGAUGUUUUGGCCUUCUUCAUUGGCACCUGGACUGCUUUUCCGUCCGUGAGGUCUUUCUGCCUCUAUACAGGGACAGCUUUUAUCUUCUGCUAUGUAUAUACCUUGACCUUCUUUGGGGCAGUUCUGGUAUUAAAUCACAAAAGAGAGCAAGGGAACCGGCACUGGCUGACUUGUAUGCGUGUGAAUGUAGGUAAAGAUCAGGCUGAGAACUCCUGCUUGUACAAUGCUUGCUGUAUCGGCAGCCCUUCUAGGCAGCCAUCUGAGCCAGAAGGUGACCAUCCAAUGAACGUAUUCUUUAAGAAGUAUUAUGGCCCUUUUGUUACAAAUAAAUGGAGCAAGGUGCUCAUGGUGUUGCUCUACGGAGCAUAUUUGGCCAGCAGCAUUUAUGGGUGUACUCAGGUCAGGGAAGGCAUCGAUCUCCGAAAUCUGGCAAAUGAUGCCUCCUAUGUUAUUCCAUACUAUGAUGAUGAUGACAAAUACUUCUCCACAUAUGGACCCAGGGUCAUGGUUGCCAUUAGUGAGAGUGUAGAUUAUUGGAACGAGUCGGUGUGCCUUGGUAUUGAGAGCUGUGUACAGAAUUUAGAGAACAUUUCCUAUGUAGAUAAGAACCUCACAGAGUCAUGGCUGAGAGUAUACACAGAACUUGACAAAAGGGGUUUGAUAAAUAUAAGCAGUAAAACUGACUUCUUAAAUAACUUAAAUGUACUGUUCAGAGCUCGUCCCAGUUUUGAGUGGGACAUAAACAAGACUCAGGAUGAAAUAGAGGCUUCACGUUUCUUCAUCCAGACAGUGAAUGUGACAUCAGCCGUGGAUGAGAAGAACCUCGUCAAUGAGUUAAGAGAGGCAGCCAAGCAGUGCAGCAUUCCACUGAAGGUGUAUCAUCCAGCCUUCAUCUACUACGACCAGUACCUGGUAAUAGUGCAGAACACUAUUCAGAAUGUUGUGGUUGCUGCCGGGGCCAUGCUCGUUGUGUCCCUCGUGCUCAUUCCCAACCCGUUGUGCUGCUUGUGGGUGACCUUUGCUAUAGCCUCUGUUAUAGUCGGCGUUGCUGGUUUCAUGACGUUCUGGAACGUCAACCUCGAUUCCAUAUCCAUGAUCAACCUGGUCAUUUGCAUUGGGUUUUCAGUAGAUUUUUCUGCUCAUAUUUCCUAUGCCUUUGUUACAAGUGGAGAGUCAUCGGCCAAUAAAAGGGCAAUUGAAGCUCUGUCCCUGCUAGGUUACCCAGUUCUACAAGGUGCAGUUUCUACAAUACUGGGCGUAGUUGUCCUGGCUGCAGCGAGCACCUACAUCUUUAGGACAUUCUUCAAGAUCAUGUUCCUUGUUAUUUUGUUUGGGGCUCUUCAUGGUCUUGUUUUUAUUCCAGUGUUUUUAACAUUUUUUGGAAACUUUGGCAGUUCACCUCACAAUACCAUGUCUAUAAGUUUAGAGCAUAGGUUUAGAAAUGAUAAGGAUUGUCCAUGAAUUAUUUAAAUAUAAGAUUUUAUAUAUUUACUAUGUGGAGGCUCAAAUGCAGUGACUGUCAGGAAAUAUAAGACAUAAAAAGUAGAAGAAUAAAUACAUGAGAUCAACAAAGGCUUCAGAAAAGCCAGGUAAGAAAAAUAGCAAGAAACUGCACAGAAUGUAUUUGCAUUUUUUACCUUUGUGUAUGUUCAACUACCACCUUAAUAUUGCUAAUUAUCUGUCACUAUAGGACAUGAAAUAAAAAGAUGCAGCCACGCAGCUCUCCAAGGUAAAGAAGAGCACUUUAAUUUCUGACUCCAACAUUUAUAGAUUUCCAAAAGUGACAGUGGAAUGUAGGGUAACACUGCCACCUUUCCAAUGACUCUGGACAAACCAAUAGUCCAUCAAA